UUUCCGGUGGGCUGGCGCUCUGACCGCCGUUGGCUGUUGGGCAAGCGGUGCUAGUGCGCCUAGCGGAUAGGGGCGGGAGCGCGCUCCCGGAAGCCAUCCGCGAGGCCUCGCUCCGCCACCGAGGCUGCUCCGGGAGCCAGUUUUGUCAGUGCUAAGUUCGCGUGGGUUCUGACCGUGGGUGGCGACGGCGGAGGCCGGCGGGAGGCUGCCCACAGCGCCACGCGCAGGAGCUGCAUGAUGUGGGAAGUAAAAUCACUUGUUUCAUGCUUGGGAUGGGAGCAGAGAGGCAGGUGGCUCUGAAGUUUCUGGUGUGGUAUUGAUAGCCAACUAGCUGUGCCACCGUGUUAUGAUGCCAUCCCGUACCAACCUGGCGACUGGAAUCCCCAGUAGUAAAGUAAAAUAUUCAAGACUUGCCAGCACAGACGAUGGCUACAUUGACCUUCAGUUUAAGAAAAGCCCUCCUAAGAUCCCUUAUAAGGCCAUUGCACUAGCCACCGUGCUGUUUUUGAUUGGCACCUUCCUCAUAAUCAUAGGCUCUCUCCUGCUUUCCGGCUACAUCAGCAAAGGGGGGGCAGACCGAGCUGUUCCUGUCCUCAUCAUUGGCAUUUUGGUGUUCCUGCCAGGAUUUUAUCAUUUGCGCAUCGCCUACUAUGCAUCCAAAGGCUACCGGGGUUACUCCUAUGAUGACAUUCCAGACUUUGAUGACUAGCUGUCACCUCGGCCUUCUGAAGAGACAAGGCACCCACUUAGAGACGUGGAGCAGGAACUAUGGCUGAGGGCUGAGGAAGUCUACAGUUUGCAGAUGUUUUGCAAGACAAUGGCCGGAUUGUAUGAGUCCUUUUCCAAAAUGUUCGUGCUUUGUAAUUAGCUAAUUAGGACAUGCUGUUUUCAUCUGCUGGCCCUGGCACAGCUUGACAAGUUUUUCCACCUGCGUAUGCAUCAUGUCAGAACUGUGAGGCUAAUUGUCUGGGAAGGCAGACUGUUCCGUAGUGAAAAGUGCUACCCUUGGGGUGAGCCUCCCUUUUGCCCUCGUCGUCAGUUUUUGUAGCAUAUGGAAAAUGUAUUAUGUAUAGUUUCUUAUUACUAAGUAAUUUAUUUUUAAAAUAUCUAUCUUACCCUUCACACUCUCCUCUACCUGCACAUCAUGGUAAAAUUAAAAUAUCUGUCUCAUCCUA